AUGCUGAUUCAUUGGCUCGCGCUUCUGUUUCUCUUCCUCGAGAGCGGACCCCAGAACUACCACAUCGAUUGGGACGACCGGCAAGGGCUGCGAAGGUCGUUGGGCCUGCUCUACUACGGGCUGCCCACCGUCGACGCCGAUGACUGCGACAUGGCCCGCUGCUUCAGCCACGACCGCCGAUGCGGCACUUCCCCGGACGAUUUCACCAUCGCCCUCUAUCCACCGGGCGCCGGUCUAGCCAUACAGGGCCUCGACGGCGCCCCGGUCGUGCCCUCCAAGUGGUGGAUCGACACACGCGCCGCCCUCAGGGCCAGCAAGUACUUUGUGGAGGACCCGGAGAAGGCGUGCGUGCUGGUCCCCAAUUUCGAGCACACGCUGGCCUCCAACGAGAUGGGCACGUCGCUGGUCAUCGCGCAGACCCUGCGCAGCCUGCCCACCUGGGAGCGCUACGGCGGACCAGGAUUCAACCACCUGCUGUUCAACAAGCACGAUGACGUGGGCGUGGAGUACGACCCGGCCUACGCCAUGGUGGCCAAGGUCGGGUGGUCCACGGGCCACUACCGGCCGGCCUUCGACAUCUCCCUCAACCCGCCCUGCGGCAAGGGCCGGCCGGGGCUCAAGGACGCCGCCGGCCACGUCGUGCCCACCUGGUGGGCCAACCCCGACCGGAAGCGCGAGAACAAGUACUUCCUCACCUUCCUCGGCACCAUGCGCAACUACCCGCUGCGUCGCGCCAUCGCCGAACGCUUCCACGACCCCGACAACGGCGUCAUCAUCCAGACGUCGGUGGAGGAGCAGAUCGGCGGCAAGCCCAGUGUGGAGGUGGAGUACCUGGACACGCUCUUCCACACCCAGUUCACGCUGUGCCCUCGCGGCCGUGCCCUCUAUUCCUAUCGCACCACCGAGGCCAUUGCUGCGGGUGCGAUUCCGGUCAUUCUGGGCGACGGCUACGCCUUCCCGUACAACGAGCUCAUCGACUGGCGCAGCUUUGCGGUCAUCUUGCCCGAGUCGUCGUGGGAGACGAUGAUGGACGUGCUGCGCAGCUUCACCAGCGAGGAGAUCGCGCGCAUGCGAAGGAAUAUGGGCAUCGCCUAUAACAAGAUCUUCAAGAACGACAGCACGUUGAUGGACACCACGCUCGAUAUCCUGCGGAUGAACAUCUACAGACAACGCGGCGGAGGCCACUACUCGUUCGGCCAGUUCAAACACGUCGCUGCCCAUCCCUUCGGCCACCCGCUCUACUUCUCUCCCGAGGAACACAGCGCCCGGUAG